AUGAGCCUUACAGAACAAACCGCUAUUCUACAAAAAUACCUCGAUCUAGACCAGCGCGGCGCCGUUAUCGCUGAGUACGUCUGGAUCGAUGGUUCCGGUAACACGCGUUCCAAGGGCCGCACCCUCAAGGGCAAAAUCACCUCUGUCGACCAGCUUCCAGAGUGGAACUUCGACGGGUCUUCCACAGGCCAGGCCCCAGGUCACGACUCUGACGUGUAUCUGAAACCUGUGGCUUUUUACCCGGACCCCUUCCGCAAGGGCGAUAACGUCAUCGUGCUUGCCGAGUGUUGGAACAACGACGGUACACCCAACAAGUUCAACCACAGACACGAAGCCGCCAAGCUCUUCGAGGCUCACAAGGACGCCGAGGUGUGGUUCGGUCUAGAACAAGAAUACACCCUUUUCGACCACGAGGACCACGUCUACGCGUGGCCUAAAGGAGGUUUCCCCGCUCCACAGGGCCCUUACUACUGCGGGGUAGGCGCCGGCAAAGUUUACGCGCGUGACCUCAUCGAGGCCCACUACCGUGCGUGUUUGUACGCGGGGAUCACUAUCUCCGGUAUUAACGCCGAGGUGAUGCCCUCCCAAUGGGAGUUCCAGGUCGGUCCUUGCACAGGCAUUGCCAUGGGUGACGAGCUAUGGAUGGCGCGUUAUUUGCUGGCGCGUGUUGCCGAGGAAUUCGGAAUCAAGAUCUCGCUGCACCCCAAGCCGCUCAAGGGCGACUGGAAUGGCGCCGGUUGCCAUACCAACGUGUCCACAAAAGCUAUGCGCCAACCAGGCGGCAUGAAACACAUCGAAGAGGCGAUCCAGAAGCUGUCCAAGAGACACGCAGAGCACAUCAGGCUUUACGGUGCGGACAACGACAUGCGUCUGACCGGCAGGCACGAGACCGCGUCGAUGUCGACUUUUUCGUCCGGUGUCGCCAACAGAGGCGCUUCGAUCCGUAUCCCAAGAUCUGUGUCCAAGGAAGGGUACGGGUACUUUGAAGACCGUAGACCUGCUUCUAACAUCGAUCCGUACCUAGUGACCGGUAUCAUUUGUGAGACCGUUUGCGGUGCGAUCGACGACGCGGACAUGACCAAGGAGUACGAGCGCGAGUCCGCGUGA